AGGCACGCCCACUUUGCCCGUAUGUGGCCAGCAGGAUCUCGGGUGUCUCUUUUGGAAGAAGCGACCUCUUGAAUCCUGCACAGAGACCUCCUUUCUGCUGAAUGUCUGCUAGCCGCUGCCACGAAGCCGUCCUCCGCUGCCUUGCCGAGAGCGCUCCCUCCUCUCGGCUCGCAGGUUACCCGUGCCAGGAGCCGCGUUUCCAUCCGCGUUUCCAUCCGCGUUUCCAUCCGCGCAGGGCGGAGAACGGGAACGCCGUCCUCCCCACCAGAUCCAAGUUUUUGCUACGCCUUGGAGCUCUUUGGUGUCUCUCCACUGUUUACCUCAUCGAGGGCGCAGUAUUUUUCCACACUCGCGCUGUAGACGGUUCGUUCUUCCUGCCAGCUUGAGUGCACGCUCAGCAGGGUCUCUGCUUCUCUCCAGCCCCGCGCUGGAGUGAUUUAUGGCACAGAAGGCAGGCCCUUCGGAGGAGUGAGUCAGUAAUGAUGAAUGGUUCCGACGUUGCCAAUACAACCACAUCCAGCCCCAAAUCCAAAGAGGACCAAGUAGUGAACGGCCACGAUGAAAAGGAAAACAACCCUUUUGCAGAGUACAUGUGGAUGGAGAAUGAAGAAGACUUCAACAGACAGGUGGAGGAAGAGCUGCAGGAGCAGGAGUUCCUCGAUCGCUGUUUCCAGGAGAUGCUGGACGAAGAAGACCAGGACUGGUUCAUUCCAUCACGCGACCUGCCCCAGGGCAUUGGGCAACUGCAGCAACAGCUGAACGGCCUCUCCAUCGGGGACGGUCACAGUUCAGAGGACAUUCUGAGCAAAAGCAACUUGAAUCCAGAUGCCAAGGAGUUUGUGCCCGGUGUCAAGUACUGACCUUCAAGGCUGGCUUUGGAAAGACUGUGUCCCUGGCUCCAGCGGUGGGGAAGAUGGCAAGAAGGAGCAGGGAGGGAAGGGAGGGGAUCUGCCCACCAGCUGGACUCUGCGCCGUAGCAGAGUUGCUGCAACAUGGCGAAAUCUUGCUCUACGCUUCAAGUACCAUUUGGGGGGGGUGGGGUUAUUCUUUUUUUUUUUUUUACUCUUUCUUUUUAUUGUCUAUCACUUUUUGGCAGUUUUUGCUUUCUAGGACUUGUGGCCCUUAGGUCUGUCCUGGAGUCCAGCACUCCUCCUGCUUCAGAGGCCAAUUUUUGAUGCGUGCUUCAAACCUGCUAGUGGCAAAGUUGUGUUUUCUUGUUUAAGUAGAAUCUGUAGGGAUUCCUCUGCCUGCCUGCUCCCAUCUCAGAUGCAGCGAGCCAGGAAGGACAGGGCCCGGGCAAGGAGCCACACCGGCUUUUUGUAAUUCCAUUAAACAGGUUUUUUUUAGAUAAAGGAGAGGUGAAGUGUAACAAGACUGUAAACUCUAAUUUUCUCCAAGCAGCAGAGUGCAUCAGCUCUCUGAUAAGUGCUGAACACUAAUUUAUAUGCUGCUUUGCUUGACAGGUGGAAGAGUCCUGCCUGCUCUAAUUGGUUGUGGGAGUUCUUGCACUGGGGGAGACCAGACCUGUUAGACACUAGCCCCCGCCAUCCUUCCUAGGGGAGGCGUUUCUUCUACAAAAUACAUGUUCCCCUUGAAGAAUUUUCUUCCCUGACUUGGGCUUAUCCAGCAUUAGAGGCUAUGGCUCUGAAGCAUCUGUACCUUCAUUUCUUACUGAAGUAGUUGAAAUAAAUCCAAGAGAAACUGAAUAUAGCCCAUUCUCAGACAUGUCGCAGAGUGGAUCAGUGGGGAGUUUGUUUCAAACAGCUUCUCUGGAAAAGGAGAGGAAUCUGCUGUCACCUGGCAAGCUCUGAGGGUUCCUACCACAAAUGGGAUACAUCUGAUGAGUCCCUUUUCCCAUCCCUCACUGCUCUUUGGAAAGCAGAUUGCCUCCUUGGAAAUGUCUUUCUCUCGGUUGAGAGAGGGCUGAGACUGUUCUUUCUCCAGAUAGCUGCAGGGUGGAGGGUGGGAAGCCGGUCGUACUGGCAUCCUAACUGUUACCGCACCCUCUGCGGGAGCCUGCCUUCUCCCAGGGCAGUGCUCCCUGAAUGUGGAGACAAAGGAGCCCCCUUCAACGGGAAGGGAGUUUCCUCUCUGGAACAGCUUGGAUGGGGUGGGGAAAGAGUAAAUCCACUUUCAUCUGCCCUUAUGGACUUGCUGAUGAGCAGGACAAUUUUGAAUCCCACACAUGUAAAUAGAGAAAGAUAUUUUCUGGAGGUGACAGCCAUCGUUUUGUGCUGGUCUCCUAAAUGCCAUGUGCGAGGAACUCCAGUGGCAGAUGGCUUUCAGGUCAAGUCUGCCACAGGAGCAGCUACCCAGCACUUUGGGGUGAGCUGGUGAACAGCAUCCACACCUCCAUUCCUGUGAGCCUGCUGUGGGGUCUCUUUCUCCAUCAGCAAGAGCUGGCAGUAGCCAGGCUUCAGUUCCCCAAACCACAGCCCCUUUCACUUCUGCUAUUUUAAAUCAUGUUCUUAGUGGAUUCCUUCUUUGGAGAACCAGGGCCAGAAAUCUUUACCAGGAGGAAACAGAUGCUUUUUGGUGAGUUCCGUUCCCUAAUGUAAGCUUUUAAUUUUUACUGCGUUGGCUCUAGUAAUGCUAUGUGAGUUUUUGCUCUUCUGGAUAGAUCUCGCCUCCCAGGUGCACUUAUUUACAGUAUUCCCUUUAUUUAAGUAGACUAGUUAAUUGAUGGGGAUUGCAGGUCCCUUUGGGGUGUGCAGAGAUGGGAGCUAAUGGCCAUUCAGUCGCUGCUUGUUGACCUGUUGGUCCGUCUCUGCUGGCUCAGCGUGGAAAAGCCUGCAGCUGCAGUUCUUUCGCUCUGGUUCCUGCCUUGGUAAGCUCAGCAGAAGGGCCAGGGGUUGCAAGGACCACAAACACUAAUGAUGCUCUGGAGGACAGGUCCGAAUUGAAUUAACUUGGUUGCUCUCUGUGUAGUCUAGUCCGUAAUUCAACAGAACAUCAGUCUCUGGCUGUCAUUUUAAAAACCAGCACUAAACUCUUAGAAACUUCACACAGCAGCUGAAGCCAGAGGCAGAAGCCUGUUGAAGGUAUCUAAACAUUGUUGCCCAGAGGUAUUGGUUGAUUUGUAUUAUAUUCUUCUGUUUUUCAGUACAAUCUGUGCCUUCAGCGCCUGCUUAGUCACCUCUGGCUAUCAGAGGCUUCCCCUUUCUCUCUGGGGCCAGGACACAUAUUGCGCUAAGUAUUUUGCAGCAGAUAAACUGCAGUAUAAAAGCAGAAAGUGUUCAAACUCCGCAGCUCUGCUCCAGGCUGUUGAGGCUAUCUUGAGUCAGGGCCGUGCCGCAGCGAUGCACAGGGCUGUGCGAGGCAGGGCAGUACACUCUGGUCAAACUUCUUUUGUAUCGGUAGUUCACUUUUCCCCCCCACCCCUUCUCUGGUUCCUAUUUGAUUUCUUAUUAAAAAAAAAAAAAGCGCCCUUUGAUGACAUGCUGUAAAUUUCAGACAAUGCAUUAUUAAAAAUAAACUUUUUUUGAAUUCA